UGCAGCGAGUGAGUAAGUUUCGUACAAAAACAGAAACAGAAGCCAGCAGAAGCGGAUAGAGAAGUGGACGAAGCACAGCGGAUGAAAGUCGUAACGGCAGCAGCAAAGUGUUUCAAGUAGCAGAAAUUUUAGUGCAGUAGAAAAUUUUUCAGAUUUCACUUAAAAUUAAAUGAAAAAGCAAUAAUUUUGUAAGAUUAUUCAAUAAUAAGUGAAAAUUCUUUAUGAAAAAUGCAAAUAAUCGUGUAGUGUGAUUGUGUAUGGGAAAAGGUGUAUAUACAAAAUCAUUGUUCAGUGUUUUUCUUAGUGAAAUAUAUCUCUAAAAUUGAGAAAAGGUCAAAGGAAGGAGCAGUAAACGUAUAAUACAAAAGCGCAAAAAUGGGAUUGAACGGCUGCUGUUCGUGUGUAAAAUAUUUGAUGGUGCUGAUAAACAUCUUAUUUUGGAUUAUCGGCUUAAUUAUUAUUGUCGCCUCAGUAUGGAUGCUCACCGAUCCCACGUUUGUACUGUCUAUGACCCAAUCCUAUAAUCACUACUACAUUGCGCUCUAUGUUUUUCUCGCCAUUGGUAUAUUAAUCACACUCGGCGCUUUCUUUGGCUGCUGCGGUGUCGUGAAGGAAUCCCAGUGUUUACUUGUAUCGUUCUUCUGCGUAAUUUUGGUAGUGAUGGUGGCACAGAUUGCCGCCGGCGCAUGGGCAUUCCACAAUAAAGACAAACUCGAUGACAUCGUACGUGCGUCCGUAAAGUAUUCGGUGCAGGAGGAAUAUGGCCAAUCAAGCAUGAGUUCGCGUACGGUCACAUUCGAUACGAUACAAAAGAAUCUGAAAUGUUGCGGUGCUGAUGGACCGGCUGAUUGGGCAACGAGCCGUUUCAACAAUGUCGAUCGUACAAAUAUCGUCGAUAUUGCCAUUUCUUCGAUGAAUGUAUUUUACAAUAUACCCGAAUCAUGUUGCAAAGACGAAUUGAAGGAAAAUGUGUGUGAGAUGUCGAGAAAAUUGAAGUUCGGCGGUUCACUUAAUCAGGCAAUAUAUCAACAGGGUUGCGUUGAUAAAUUAAUUGAACUCAUCUAUGAGAAUUGGGUUAUGCUUUUCGGCAUCACAGCGGGCGUUAUUCUCUUGGAAUUUCUAGCGUUGACUUUCUCAUUGAGCCUUUGCUGUGCGGUACGUAAUCAACACUACAAAGCCUGAGAAUUACUGAAUUCCCAGCGGGAAAUAAAUGACGAUGAAAAAUAUUAACAAACCAAACCGAGAAGAUUGAGGACAAGAGCGUAUUGAAAUGCCAGCAAAGUAACAGUAAACCAAGCGUUAUUAAAUAUGUGAAAACCAACGACAUGAAUUUUGAAGAAAAUUUAUGAAAAUUAAAACAUUACUGGGAAAUGAAGAAAAAGCGGAAAGGAAUGAUAUUGUAGCACAACUUUGAAAUGUUUAUUUUCGAACGAUGAAAUGAGGAAAAAAA